AUGGCUCCCACAUCAUCCCAGCAUAGCAAGUCGGGCAAGAAGCUCACGAGAGAGCAGCAACGGAAGAAGGCAGACAGCAAGGCUUCUAAGGUCCGCCGUGUUCAGCUCGACGCUAGCGGCAACCAGGCCAACGCAAAGCAAAAGACACUAAAGCAGAUCAACAAGAAUGCGGAAAAGGUCUCGAGUCGCUUCAGAUAUGCAUCUUUCAACCAGCGUCUUCAGGAUGUCCACCUCGCACCGGCAGCCAUCAGUGCCAGCACCAGCUACCGACCCUAUUCCGGGCUCGAUGCGCCGCUAGCUGCAGCUUCAAAUUCCACUAGCAGCGCUGCGUUACCAGUUCUGGAUGAGCAAGAUCAGCCACUGGAUGUGACUGACGAGGAUACCUCCUCUUCACUUCAUGCAACAACCUCGUUCUCUCAGGCGCUGCAAGCGUGGACGGACCUCAACCUCUCCAAUGCCUUCCAUGACCUUUACCGUCAACUCUACCCCAUCACCCAGUCGUUGCCUCAGUUGAUUCAUCACCGCUCCUCCAUCGCAUCAAUUCUUGCUACGACGCUGUCUACACCGAGUCAAUGGCUGGCAUGGGAUGCUGCACUCGACCUUCUGCCUCGACUCGCAAAGGACUUGAGUUCCGAGUUUCUACCCGUCUAUCCUCCUCUGCUCAAGAGUGCGGUGCACAUCACCACAACAACAAAGGACACCACUAAUGGCGAUGAACGCGCAGCUGCCAACUUGGUCGAGCGUGGGUUUCAAUCGGCUGCAUGGAUCCUGAAAGCCGUCAGCCCUUUCAUCGUGAGCAAGGAGAUCGCAUCUCGUGCGGAUUGGGAUGAUGAAACAGCAGAAGCUCAAAUCGACUCUGGAAUGGUGGAGGAAGAGGAAGAGGUGCAAGACGUUGACGAAAGGACUCGUCGGCUUGUAGAAACCUGGACUGUCAUCAGACCCUACCUUGGCUGGAAGCCUAUCGUUGCCAAGAAAGCGACCGCAUUCAACAAAGAUGAUGAUGGCGACAACGAUGAGGAACAGGAACAGGAACAGGAAGAUGAAGAUGCCGCUUCGACCAUCUCAGAACAAGAAGCUGGUAAAGAAGCUCCGCCUGCAGAUAGUGCCAUGUUUGUCAACACGAACAUUCAGCGUAUCUCGCCCUUUACUCGACGUUUUGCAUCUGAGGCGUUUGCCCACCUCCUUCGCAAGACAAGAGGCCGUCAGUUGCAGAGCAUCACAUCGCUCAUCCUUUCCGACCUCGAGACCAUGCUGCACGAUGAGGAUCAGCACGUACACUACCGACAUCAACCAUCUCGCCGGCCAUCGGUGCGCUUCUCUCGAGGUAUUGCUGGUAUUUGGGUCGAGGGUUGCAAGUCGCUCGAACGACGCUUGCAUUCGAAAUGCAUCUCGCUGUUGAGCGUGCUUCUUUCUUCCAGCCGCCCAGUUCCAAACGUAUCAGGCGACAAGUACCGACACCUGACGCGACUGAUCCUUGGUCGCCUCACCAUCACUGCACUCGUCCAUCACUGCAACGCAUCCCACUUUGCUAUUGUUCUCGAGUACCUUUCAAGCCUUGUCGAUCACAACCAGUCACAGUUGUCACAAGAGACCAGCAAGAUUCAAAACGUUGCCCACCUUACCGAGUCUGUCGAAUGGCUCGCAUGCGCUGUAGGUGUCAGAAAGGGUACUCGAGUUGCUGAUCAAGCCAAGCCGGCGCUGUUUGCGCUGCUGUUGCGUCUCUCUCCCCUCUUCCUUGACAAAACAGUUCAAGCGCCUACUGGAGCAGCACUGCGAACUUCGCUUGUCUCGCUGUUUGCUCUCUCAAUUCCCUUGGGUCGCUUGCAGGACCUUCUCGGCCCAGGAAUUAAGCUGGUCGACUCGGUCGCUCCCGUACCUUCCCUCUCCAAAUCUAAGGAUUGUAUCGAGAUUCGGCAGUCUCUGUGGCCCGAGUUCAGUGGCCUUGUCGAGGCGCUCGCACAACCGACCCUUGAAUGGAGCGGUUUCAAGCAAUUUGUCCUCCCGACUGUCCUCACCUCUACAGCUGAGACCGUUGCUUCAAGCUCGACUUCUCCGCAAUGCAAAGAUCACGCAUUUACUUUGCUGGAGAGGUUAGAGAAGAUCGGUCAGCUCGACGAACUUCGCGUCUCGCAUCAUAGCCCUCUGUUGGUUCGGUGGUCCAGGCAUGUCGCAUCGGAGAUCGAAGGGCGCCUCAGUAAGCUCGUCAUGCUUUUCUGUUCCGACAAAUCCAACACCCAAGGAACCAACGCAAAAAAUGCCGCUUCUCGAAUUCUUGAUCAGCAGCAUCUGCUUGAGCCCCUCGUUCCUGCACUACGCCUAUCUACAGUUCCCAAGUCAUCACCUUCAACGAACUUCGGCAGCCAGAUCGCUCAGCUUUUGUUGGACGGUCUCCUCUCAAAUGCCUACUUCGGUUCAGAAGAGCAAGUCCGCUCGAGCUACGACAAGCACAUCAUCAACCCUGCUUUGCUGAUUGGACUUGCGUUCGAGAGUCUGGCCAUCCUUCAGGAGCGAAGCGCGGGGAAAGAUUUCGAGACUGUGGCGAAGCAACUAAAGGACCAACUGUCCAUCCAACAGGUGGUGCAGUGCUCUGCAUGGCACCGAGGCGCCCUCAAUGGAUUGAGCAAGUAUCUCGCUUCCUGCCCAGCUCGUCUCCGACCUCAACUCCCACGCUUAGCUGAUGUGCUUGAGCCUCUAUCAGCAGCAAUCAUGUCUUCGGAUCCUCUCAUCCGUGUCUCGGCGCUCGAAAUUCUCUCUUUGAUCGAAGCAGAAGAGCUCAGCGGCAAUACCACAUUCAUCGGCAAGCUCGUUGAGGUGGAGCGUACACCCUUAUCCGUCGCCUCGAUCCGCGAUCGCAACGUGCGUGUGCGAAGUGUUGGCCGCGACGUUGGACGGGCAAUCGCUGUCUACAAGGCUGCUGACUUGCAACGCAACGUCCAACGAGACACUUUGAUCCUCCGAUACCUUGUCGCCAACCUCAAGCUCAAUCUACGUCCAGUGUGGUCCGAAGCAAUCAAGGCGGUGACCGACAUUGUUGAAUCAGGACAUCGCGAAAUAGAGAAUUCACUCUUCCAAAUCGCCAUUGCAGAGCUCGAGUCAGGUCAAAGACUCGAUGGUUCCGAACUGCGAUUCUUGCCCGCUGUAUGGCUACAGUCGGACACCGGCGCGGAAGAGAGCCACGAGGCGUCUGCAAACACAGACGAGGUGGAGCCUGACCGCGUCCUGCGUGACGAGAGCGACAUUGCCGGUAUAGACGAUGACAAGCAGUUCCAGGACGGCAUCUUGCUGGAGAGGCGCAAAGCUGUACGAAGCUGUAUCCAGCAUGCCCGAACUAGCUCCGGCUCCGACGCGAACGGCAUUGGCAGAAACGGACUCACGACAACCCUUCAAGCCUGCAUUGAGAUCCAGCAGCCUGAUGCGCGACUUGACCUCGUCAACUACCGCCAUCAGAUUCUCAAGCUUCUGUGCGAAGUAGCACCCAUCGUCGAGCGAAACAACGCGCGCUUUAUUCACAUCUUUUUCAGAGACGCAGGACCGCGCAAUCUGGCCGGUGUGCUGCUUUCGCCUCUCGAUGACGACGAUGACGAGGAGGACGAGAAAGACGCAGACGACGAAGGCGAUAACAUCAACAAGGAGAAGUCAGUAGAUGGAGAAGCCAUGAACCUCAGCAAGAAGGACCGUCAGGCGCAGCUCAGCGCGUACCUCGAAGUGCUCGGCAAGCUCAAGAACCCGAAAGCUUUGUCGCGGUCCGGCGAGCUGCAUAGCUAUCUGCUGAGCUUGUGCGCCACGGCUGAGGUCUCGGUUCAGAAGCUGGCUCUCGAGGCCAUCUUGACCUGGAAGGACGAAGCCGUGAUGCCUUAUGCUACCAAGCUCAAGGAACUGCUCGAGGCUGGCAACUUCCGCGACACGCUUGUCUCUUUCACCCUGUCGUCUGACUCAAACGUUGUACAGCCCUACCAUCGACCCGCGCUUAUGCCUCUCGUGAUUCGUCUUCUAUUUGGCGCCCUGCUCUCGAGGCGUGGUAAUCGAACAAGCGGUGCUGGUCAACGGGCUCGACGAGGAGCUGUGCUUGGCGCACUUGCUGAUAUUGGCUCUGAUGAGCUCGUCACCCUCGUCGAUCUCAUGCUGGCUCCUUUUGGCGACCAAGCCCAACCACCCUCAGGUGAUGAGGACGGAUUCAAGUAUGUCUUGAAGAGUCCGGUCGCUUCAACUCGACGCCAGGUCGGGUUUCUCUCCUUGCUUGGAGAAGUUGUCAAGCAGAUCGGAAACAAUCUUCUGCCUUACUGGGAUCGCCUCAUUUCAGUCGCUCUUAACCUCACCUAUCAUGCUCAUCAAGCUGUUGUUCAAGCGCACAUCCAAAGCACCGACACAUCUUGCUCCACUGAGGCGAGCAAGCCACUCACGGCACGCACCUCGCGAGCUCGUCUGGUUCGCCAGGCUGGUUACAAGCGUCUGUGCGACUUUUUUGCAAAGCCGCAAGCAGCGUCCAUCUUUCGAUGGGAUAGAUAUUUACCUGCCAUUUUUGCCGAGCUUAUCUCGCCACGUCUCGAAGCGCUCAGGGUGGAAUCGAGUCAGAGCCAGUCUGCGCUGCUCGAGCUCUUGCACGUCUGGUCCGGUCAGUCUGAGACGCUUCCUUUACUAGGCACAUACGACAAUGCUGUACUGCCUAGUAUCUUUGCCAUUCUCGCAGCACCGACGGUCAAGCCGUCCGCGAUCGGCUCUGUGCUGGACAUUGCCGAGCGUGUUCUCGCAGCCGCUGCUGCCGAAACGGACGCGAUGGACGUAAGUUUGGACGUCAACUACAGAAACGGCUGCAUCUUGUCCUUGGUGGAUCUUGUCGUAAGACCACACGCCUCGAUCUUCCUCAACAGCGUCACUCCACUGAUCGAGCAAGCUGCUUCGGCUGCGGGCCCUGCAGCUGCUGCGAUGGGCCGAGACGACUUGCUGCGUCGCCAAAUCUCACUCCUCGCCGCACUUUCGCCUUUUGUCACCGCUGCUGAAGAUGCCAGUCACCUGGUCAAGCUCCUUAGCCCCAUGAUGCGCAAGUCGAACUUCCUUGUGCCUGAGCGCACCAAAACCGAGCUGCUGGCUAUCUUCGAACGUCUUCUGUCCCUCAUUCCAGAAUUCCGAGACGAGCGCUCCGAGCUGUUCCACAGCACGUUUGUGAUGCUCAGUGGUCUCUUUUCGCUUCUUCGCACCGGCGAGUCGCGAAAAACUCUCAGCACUGCUUUCAACCGCUGUGCCGAGGUGGAUAUGGAGCUGGAGCGGGUGGCAAAAUGGUGCACACAGCUCAACGCGCUGAGCAAACGAAGGGUCGAAGAACGCGACUUUGAUCAGCUGUUUGGCGCUUUCGAUUCGAUCAACGCCAGCGAUGCGUACAUUACCGCGAAGGAAUGGCAGCCACUGGUGCACAACUUUUUGUUCCUAAUCUUGGACCCGGAAGAGUUGUCGGUCCGCAGCAACGCCAACGCCUCGCUUGUCAAGUUCAUCAGCCAGACUGCAGCCGAGAGUGACUCGGGUGCAGACGGCGAGGGUGCAUUGAUGCAAUUGUUCCUGCAAGCGGUCUGGCCUGGACUCAAGAAAGCCGUGCGCCAUCGCUCCGAGCUGGUACGAAGAGAUGUGAUGGCCGUCAUGUCGUCAGCUGCAGAACAACUCGCAAAAUGCCAAGUCAUGGCUGAGCUCUCCGGCCUUCUGGGUGGUGGCGAUGCUGAAGUCAACUUCUUCAACAACAUCCACCACAUCCAGCUCCAUCGCAGGACACGUGCAGUCAAGCGUCUGCCAGAGCAGGCGGCCAAGGGCAGCAUGAAAAGUCGCACCAUCAGCGACAUUCUCGCUCCCGUGCUCGGACACUUCCUCGUACCCGGAUCGGUUGAGCUCUACGAUCACAACCUCGUGACCGAGGUUAUCACUAGCCUAGGCCUUCUUUCUGGUCAACUCACAUGGGGCCCAUACAAUGCACUGUUGUGGCAGUACCUUCGUCUCGCAAACAAGAAAGGUGCCUCGGAGCGCAUCAUGGUGCGAACGGCAAUGGCGAUCCUGGACAACUUCCACUUUGGAAUGGAGGAGGAAGCUAUCAUCGAUGAGGCUGAUAUUGACGACGACGAGGCCGAAGAGCGCAACCAAGAAGCCCAAGCAGUGGUGGAGAUUAGCAAGGACAAGGACAGCAAGGAGGCUGAACGUGUCAAGAUUCUAGAUGCUGUCACUUCUCGUUUGCUGCCUCGACUCAUGGCUUAUCUCGAGCAGAAGGACGAGACAGAAGACUCGACGCGACUACCCAUCGCUGUUGGUGUGGUGCGCGUUGCACAGUGCCUUCCCGCCACACAGCGCAAGACGCAGAUCAGCAAACUGCUAAAGACGCUCUCCAACGUAUUCCGUUCCAAAGCUCAAGACACGCGUGAUCUUGCGCGAGAGACCGCAUGCAAAGUCAUGUCGACGCUGGGUGCCAACUUCUUGCCCGAGUUCCUGCGGGAAAUGCGACGGGCACUCAUGCGCGGCCCACAAAAAGCAGUGCUUGCUUUCACCGUACAUUCGGUGCUGACGCACCUAAUGACGAGCAAAGACGAACCAUUGACCUCUCUCGAUCAUGGCGCCAAGGAAAUCAUUGAGAUUGCUGUCGAGGACAUUUUUGGCGCUACGGCUGACGACCGUGAAUCGAUCGGAAGCAAGACGACUUACCGCGAAGUCAAGCACAGCAAGAGUAUGGACACUUUCGAGCAAGUCUCGCGCAUUGUCACGCCAAAUCGCAUGGCCGAGGUGCUUCAGCCUCUGCGAGACAUUUUGCAGCAGACCGAGGUCCCCAAAGUCGUGCGUCAGGUGGAAGAGUGUCUGCGUCGCGUUGCGAGCGGUAUUCCUGCGAACCCACAGUUCGACUCGAAUCGAUUCCUCUCGCUGUGUGCUACGCUGAUUCGCCGCGAUGCGGUAUUCCUACAAGCGCGCAAGCCCGAGACCAAAGCUGCGUCGCGCCACAAGUCGGCAACAUUGUACAACUACGCUGUCUUUCUCAAGCGCAAGGACGUUGAAGAAGGCGCUAGCGCGGGCAAGGACCACUACUCGCGCAAUGCGCACAAGUUUGUCGCAUUCGGCCUCGAAAUGUUGGUCACCUCGCUGCGUCGAGAGCGCUUCGAUUUCCAGGACGAAGAGGUGCUAGCCAAGCUUAACGGCAUGGUCAAUAUUGUUGGAGAAGCUGCGUACGCCAACGAGUCGUCGGUACUCGAAUUGUCGCUGCGUUGCAUAGCGCAGAUUGUAAAAGUGCCCGUGUCGCGCGUGGACAAGGCGCUUCCGGUGUUCAUCAAGCAGAUUUUCGGUAUUAUCCACCAGUACGGCUCACCACAGUCGCAGAUUGUGCAGACAGCCUUGCGCACUCUGACCGCCAUUCUGCGCGAAUGCAAGCAAGCCUCUCUGUCAGAGACACACCUUAGCGGUCUACUGAAGCUCAUUGCUCCCGACCUGGAAGAACCUGCGGUGCAGAGUACGCUAUUUGGCUUACUGCGCGCCAUUGUUGGCCGACGCCUUGUUGUGUCUGAAGUAUACGACACGAUGGACAAGGUGGCCGAAAUGAUGGUGACCAACCAGUCGGAUUCGGUGCGCGAUUUGUGCCGCUCCACGUAUCUGCAAUUCCUGCUCGACUAUCCGCAAGGCAAGCAACGUCUACGCAAUCAGAUUGGUUUCUUGGCUAAGAACCUCGCCUACGAACACGAAUCCGGACGACUCUCCGUACUCGAAAUCACGGAUGCCAUUCUCAACAAGUUCGGCGAUGAACUGCUGCAAGAAUAUGCCGAGAUGCUCUUCGUCGCUCUUGCAAUGGUUCUGGCGAAUGACACGAGCAGCAAAUGUCGUGAAAAGUCGGCUCUGCUCAUUCGCACACUGCUGAGGACGAUGAGCGAGACGCAGCAGGAUAAGACAGCGUUGAUGGUGGAUGCAUGGUCUCGACAGGAGGCGAAGCCCGAGCUCGCCAGAGUCGGAGUGCAGAUCUACGGGUUGUUGAUGGAAGCAUUACCGGAUCGAAGCGCUGGUUGGGCAGAAAGAGUACUGGAGGUGGUGACCAAGGUUCUCGUCGAAUGCGCUGACGAUCUCGAAGCGCUCGAAAGCACUGACCCAGUCUUGGAAGACGAACUGGACUGGCAACUACCCUACCACUCACUGCAAACCCUCGGCCGGCUCACCACUCUUAUCGGUGCAGCUAACGAGACCUCGACGAAAGCUUGCAACGAUGCGGUACGAAGGUUGUUGCUAUUCCCGCACAAAUGGGUGCGCAUCUCUUCUUCGCGCAUCCUAGGGGGGCUGUAUGCACUGCAAGAGCCGCACGCACCGAACAUGGUGACGGUGCAGCAGGAUCCGAUUGGCAGUCUGCCGGCGUUGGUAGACGCGGCCAAGAAGUCGUGCUUGCAGCUGCGGUCGGACAAGUUGGAUGAUACACUGGCAUUGCAAGUGGUGAAGAAUUUGGUUUGGAUCGGGAGAUGUUUUGCGCUCUUCCCGGUGGAGCGUGCCAAUCUAGACGAGCUGGAUGCCACUGCCGAGGAUGGUGAAGAGCUUUCGCUCGGCCAAGAAGGACGAGACCAAGGCUCUGGUAGCGAUUUGGAUUCUGAUUCUGAUUCGGACACGGACACGGACUCGGUCGAUUCGACACAUCAAUACGCCGCGGCGCUCGACACGCCGGCUGUGAUUGCUUCGGAUCCGUUGCGCUGGCUGAUCUCGCGCCUCUCGUUCCAGGCACGUCUCUCACUCGCUCAGUCCAAACCGCCACACUGGACGAUCAAUCCUUCUUCGAUCCUACGCUUCUUCGCUGCACUUUCCUCCUCGCUGCCUCGCACGCUGCUGCCGCGUUUGCUGCCGCUCUUCCUCGCCCCACUCAUCCGACUCAUCGAAUCGCGCUCGGAGCCUACGUCAUCGUCAACGCUGACCGAAUCGGACCAGCUGAAAUCGCUUGCGAUCGAGGUGCAAUCCCACCUCUCGCACCUCGUCGACGUAGCCAGCUUCAACAAAACCUACUCGAUGCUCAAGCGAAAACAACAGCAGAAGAGCGAAGCUCGAAAGACGCAGAGGCUCAUGCGAGGAAUCCAGAACCCUGAACUACAGGCCAAGAGGAACGCCAAGAGGAACGAAAAGAACCAUGCAGCUAGAAGAAAGAGGAACCAGAGCAACCUGGAGCAAAGGGAGGCUGGCGGAAGUGGCAAGACCAAGCGCGUCAGGAGGACUUGA